CCCUUCUUCUUUUAGAUCCUUAUAAAACACACGUAGGCGCUUAACCCUUUCUCUCUCUCACAGAAGAUUUCCUUGUGCGUUUCUACAUCUCUCUGUGCCGCCACUCCAAACCUCCUCUAAUACUCUAUCGUUGAUAUUCGCCAACUCUACCCCUCUGUUAGCCCAGCAUAGUAGUAGCAGCAGCAGCAGCAGCAAUGGCGGGAGGGAAAGCGAAGAAAGAGAAGACGAAGGCUAAGGUAGCAGCUCAUGCACCUUACCAAGGAGGCUUAUCGUUCCACAAGUCGAAAGGACAGCACAUUCUGAAGAAUCCAUUGCUGGUGGAUUCCAUCGUCCAGAAAUCUGGGAUAAAGAGCACUGACGUCGUCCUUGAGAUCGGUCCCGGCACGGGAAAUCUCACCAAAAAGCUUCUAGAAGCUGGAAAGAUGGUCAUCGCUGUGGAGGUCGAUCCUCGUAUGGUUCUUGAGUUGCAGAGACGUUUUCAAGGCACCCCUUUAUCUAAUCGUUUGAAGGUUAUACAAGGAGAUGUUCUAAAAACUGACCUUCCCUAUUUCGAUAUAUGUGUGGCUAACAUCCCCUAUCAAAUCUCGUCCCCCCUCACUUUCAAGUUGCUGAAUCACCAGCCAGCAUUUAGAUGUGCCAUCAUAAUGUUCCAGAGGGAAUUUGCAAUGAGACUGGUUGCUCAGCCUGGUGAUAAACUCUACUGUCGUCUUACUGUGAACACCCAACUAUUGGCCCGAGUCUCACACCUCCUCAAAGUUGGAAAGAACAAUUUCCGACCUCCACCCAAGGUAGAUUCAUCUGUAGUACGAAUUGAACCAAGGAAACCGCGCAUAGAGGUGAAACAAAAGGAGUGGGAUGGAUUUCUGCGUAUAUGUUUCAACAGGAAGAACAAAAUGCUUGGUUCAAUUUUUAGGCAGAAGAGUGUUCUUGCUAUGCUGGAGAAGAACUACAAUACUGUGCAGGCACUAAAUCUGGGACAACAAGGUGCGCCGGUGGACGAGGGUAAUGGGAUGGAUAUUAUGGGACUUGGGGAUUCUAAUGAUGAUCUAAUGGAGGAUAUUGAUGAUGAUGGAGUAGAUGAUGAAAUGGAAGUCGAGGAUGGUGAUGCAGUAGGGGAGGCUUCUGAAUUCAAAAACAAGGUUUUGAAUGUGUUGAAAGAGGGAGAUUUUGAAGAGAAGAGAUCCUCCAAGCUCACACUGCAAGAAUUCUUAUACCUACUUUCUUUGUUCAACAAGGCUGGCAUACACUUUUCUUGAUUUUUGGACACUUUUCAAGUUUCUCUGGAGUUUUGUUUCCCCACUUAAAACAAAAAGUUAUACCCAAUUUUGUUAGUUUUGAUAUUUGAAAUUUCUGUAGCUUCUUUUUUUUUUUUUUUUUUUUUUGGCCCUUUUUUGACUUUAUUUUUCUCAUUGUAAGAUUUAUGUUUAAAUAUUAGUUGUAGUUAACAUAUUUGUUCUUCUCGUAAAGGCCAUUCUACCAUAUCUUCAAUCUUUA